GGGCGGGGGAGAGCGGCGUGCGCAUGCGCGGUAGGAGCGUGUCGUAGGUGAGCCGCGUGCAUGCGCUGUGGGGCCGUAGGUCCGGGUAGGGAUGGGCGUAGUGCUAUGGGCCGGUGUCGGUAUGGGCGUGUGGUGUUAUUCUGCCGGGUAAAGGCCGCCUGCUGGCCCGGCACGCACUGGGUAGCGCCAGGAGACCGAGUGGCCGUUGGCUCCGUAUCGCCUCACGAGCAAAGUCUGCGGUGUCGGUGUGUCCGCUGAAUGAAGCGAGGCCGGGCGCUGCAGGGUGAGCUCUGAGGAGCUGCACAUCGCUUUGUUCGGCCACGCCGCCUUCUCUCUGCAGAGCACACAGAUCUCUAACGCUCCUGAGGCGGCUGGCGCUUCGUGUGGUGAGCUGAAAGGCGGGAAACGCUCUUUGUGAUGAAGACCGUGAUUCGUGGCCUUCAUCUGCAGCUUCUCAGAGAUGAUUGAUCUCCAUUAGCUUUGAAUAAGGAGCCGUAAGUCCUUGUCAGUUCUGUAGGUAGGGCAGUUCAUGUCUGAUGUUUCUGCAACAUUCUGGAGGGAAUCCAGACACAAGUCCAGCUAUCACAUCUCUGUUUCCCUCCACCCCAAAAUAAAACAAAACUGCUAAAGAAUGGGUUCUGCUGAGAACAAUUCAGGCGAAGGUGCUGUUCACAGAGGGCUGAUUUAAUAGACAUUACUUGGCUUGUUGAGUUGGUGAGAGUUUUCUGCUUGUUCCUUGGAGAAGACGGCCUGACCUUAACCACUGUGUAGUGCCUGAAAUGCCCUUGGGAGCUACUGGAGUACAAGCGGGUGAGACAACGGUGCAGAAGAAAAGGGAGCUGUUCAGUCUCGUCUCUUUACUGGGGGACAAAGUAAAAGGGACAAAUCACCCCGGUUCUAAUAUUGGCUUCAGAAACACUGACGUUACUGCGCAUCUCGUAACUGAGGUCAUCACCCUCUUUCGUUCAUCCAUGUUUUCCUUGUUUGGUGUAAAUUGUUUCUUCAUUGUGCUUUUAGUCCCAAGGACUGACAAAGCAGUUGCAGAUGCAUUUGAAAUGCUUUAAUGCACUAAAGUGGAAAAGGAAAGGCUUCCUCCAAACCUGAAAUGAAAGUGGUGCUCUUGGAGGUGUUACCAACUCUGUGUUGGCUUUCUGGCAAUCAAGUUCUUGUGAGUCAACUUGGCUGAAUCUCACUUAGCUUUGAGGCAGGAAGGGCUAAGCUGACCUCAGCCCAGUUGUAGCUUCUAGAUCGAACGAGUAUCGGCUGUCUUGGCAGCUUUCAGAUGACCCUCUGAUGCUGUAUAACUUUCAGAGUUGGUCUUUCUGUGGACACUGAGUUUUCAUCGGUUAGAAGGGAGACCAAAGUGCUUGGUCUGUGACUUCCAGCUCUCUCCUUAUGGCAGGCUGCCUUAGAGGUGGCUUAGGACAUCUACAAGGACAUCAACAAGCUGCCUUCUGGCAGCUUGGUGUUGUUUUUAGAACUUUAUCCAAUAUCAGUGGGAUCCCUGGAAUUGUGGUUUUGAAAGAUAGCAGUUUUUCUCUGCCAGUUUUGCCUCACUGACUUAACUGUUGCUUUUUUUUUUUCCUUGGUGUCAGAGGAGAGCGAGCAGAGAAGCAGUCCAUCCUUCCUGCCAAGCUGCAUAAGCCCAUAUCUCUUCUCCAGCACUAGCAACUGCACUAGGUUUGCCAAGCCUGAAUUUGUCAUUGCCAUCUGAGCCCUGGAAUAACUCAGGAGAUCCUCAAGGUGCUUAGCAUUGCCAUGUCUGGUGGUGGCGGGUGAAGUAAGCAAUGAGACCUUCUAGCAAGCAUCUGUCUGGGGUGGAGGAAGUGCUUGCGGGCAGGUUUGUGAUGGGAGGGUGAGAUCUGGCCAUCCCAGGGCUGGGGAAAGUCUGGGGUGGAUGUUAACCUAAGGCUUUUUGAAAUGGGAGGCUGUCUCUUGAGAGCAGUCUGGUGAUGUAACCAUGGAAGCAUUGUUGGAAGAGAGGAAAAGUGAUUUUACUCAGCAUUUCUGUUUUAGAGACCAAGUAGCAGCACAGAGGAGCCAGGCAGAGCUGCCUGCAGCCUUGAACAGUGCACUCAUGGUCUCAAGGAGUGGGCUUCAGCAUGCAGCCGUCGCCUCCUAUGCAUACAAACUCCAGUGCCUCAAAAGCCAGGUGUGGCAAAUCUCCAGGGAGAGGGACAAGGCCAGACUGGACUUAGAGAAAGCAGAGAGACACUGCCUGCAGCUCAGCAGGGAGUUGGACAAGCAGUACAUCGCCCUCAAGCAUAGCCAGAGCAAGCUCAAAGAUGUUCAGACUGAAAUGGAGGCGAAAGAGCUGCUUUUGCAGCAAGCCAUCAACCAUCAAGUGAAGCUGCAGGCUGAUGCACAGUUCCUCCAGGGCAAAGAGGCCACUCUUCGUGGGAGACUGAACCUCAUGAUGAAGGAGAACACACAGCUGCAAAACAAAGUCAUGGAGAUGGGUGAGAAACUGACAGCCUCUGAGAAGCUGGUGUUGGAGCUUCAGAAAGAGCUCAGCCUCGUUGUGAAGGACAAGCUGGACCAGGAGGAGCCCCACAAGCCAGAGCUCCUGAACCAUGGCAAAUACUUUGCAGAGAUUGUGCUGGAAUACGAGCGGCAAUGCCAGAGAGUCAAGGUGCUGUGGGACCAGAAUGACAUGCUGCAGAGAGAGCUGGAAGAGCUGCGUCUCCAGCUGCAGGAGGGCAGGGCUGAGAGAGGGCUGCUGGCUGGAGAGAUGUCAAUCACAACACAGCCGCUCCAAGAACAGCUGCAGGACCUGAAGGUGCAGCUGGAAACCAAGGUAAACUACAAUGAGGAGGAACUGGAGCUAAUGAGGAAAAACUUAAAAAGAGAGAAGGACAGCAAGGAGAGCUUCAAGGCUGAGAUGAGCAAGGUGGAAGACAAGAAAGAAGACCCGAAAGAAACAGUUGCAAAGUACCAGGCAGUAACUGAUGUCAUGAAAGAGCAAAAACCUGUGCAGAGCCUGGGGCUGGAGGAAAGGUCUGAGAUGGAGCUGGUCAGGAUUGAACUUCAGCACACCAAGGACAUAGGCCAUCCAAGGCAGCAGCUGAACCAGGAAGGAGGAGAGCUGAGAACACAGUGCAGGAACAGAGGGAGCCUCAGGAAACACAUGAGCAAGUUGAGCAGAGAGAGGGAAGAAGAGCUGAAGAAGUCGAGUGGGAAGAGCAAGCUGGAGGGCUCCCAGCCGAACACCAAGGUGAGUCAGCUGAGUCGGGAGCUUCCGGAGCACGAGGCUGGCCGCAGCACCAGCACUGGGUCCAUCGAGCUGCAGAACCAGGGGCUCCUGGAAGCCGAGCAACUACAAGGAGUUGAGAUGGCCGUGAGGCUGAAGCACUGCCAGCAGCAUGCAGCGUGUUGGUCAGAGAUAGAGCUGCUCCGACAGCAGCUUGAGGCAUCAGAGGAGGAACUCUUUGAAGCCAAAGCAAGCCUGAGUCUAGCUCAGACUCAGCAUGCACUGCAGCUGCAGCAGGUCAAGGCACAGCUGAACAACGUGGUGCCAAGGAAACAGUUUGAACAGCUGCAAGCCAGCUUGAGAGAGGAACAGUGCCGGGUUCAGCAGCUCCAGGCAAACCUCCAGCAGCAGGCUGAGCAGGCAUGCAGGCAGCUGGUCAGGACCCAGGAAGAACAUGAGCGCCUGCUGCAGGCGGCUGUAGAGCAGGCAGAGGGGUUGCAGUGUGACCUGAGGAGUGCUGAGGCUGUGCUAGCAGAUGGGGCAGCUCGCCUCAAGGAUGCACAGGCCCAACUCUCCAGGAACAAACUGCUGAUUAAAGAUCUCCGUGAAGAAAACAGAGGGUUUGCAAUGGCCCUGCAGGCAGCUGAACUGAAGCAGAUGAGCAUCGAGAAGAAGAACCACAUGCUGGAGGAGCAGGCCUUGGCCUUGAAGAAGCUCAUUGAAAAAAUCACACCAGCAUCUCUGAGUGCAUGAUGGAGCAUCGCUGUGGCAGCUUUGCUCCUGAGCCUGGCUGAGGUUUGUCAGUUCCUCUUGGGCUCUAGGAAACUCUGAGCCUGAAGUUUCCUAAAGCCUGAGCCUCGGAUCCAAACUAACCUGUAGGUGGGUCGUUGCCUCUGCCGUAAGCAGAUCAGAGCAUCUGAGGGAAGAGUUCUCUUCAGAUGGGAAUCUCCAAGGCUUGGGGCAGGGCUCGUGCCCCCUGUGCAGCACCAUACUUCAGCAAGCUGUCCUUACUACACUUCCUCUGAUUAGACCAGGAAAUAUGGACGGUGGUGCCAUCAUCGAUCUCAAAUUCUCCGUAGUCUCUCAAACACCGCACCUGGGAAGCAGAAGGGCAGCUGUGGCUGCAUCAGCACACCUCCCACAGAAAAUAUCAGACAUCACUGCUGACGCAAGAGUUCUGGAGCGUGUGUAUGAAGUGUGGACACAUUCCUACCCACCUCACACAGCCCUGACCCCAAAAUACAAAACCAGAUGGACCCCAUAGUCUGGGGGCCCUACCUGAUGUUCUCUUCAUGCCUCUGCCUGCAGCAGGAAGCACCAGUGGGCAAAGCAGGCACUCCAGAGACCACGGGAAGAGCAGUGCUGCAUAACAGCAGCAUUUCUAGAACCUCCCCACACGUGUAGCAGAAAACAUCAGUCUGUUAACUGUGAAACAGUUCUAAAGAGCAGGCUGAUUGCCUGGAUGUAUUCUUUCUAAGAGAGCAGAGCACUUCAGCUACUGACUGAAAUGAUUUUCCACUUGCUUUUGUUUUGUUGUAUCAAUGGCAUAAAAUGAUUUAUAGUCUGAUCUGUGAAAAUCUAUUUAAAACAAUGACAAGAAAGCACCAACACCUAGGGAACAACGCUUAAGAGAGAACAAGGUUUCUAGUUGAUCUGAAGGGGGUCUUUAGAAGAAUUAAAUUCCUACAAAAUCCAU